GGGAUGAUGAUGGCACAUGCAAUAAAUUAGAAAACCAACAAAAUAUUCCACGUAUGUUCAACAAGUUGUUCUUAUCACAAAAUGUUUCUACGACAACCAUGGAGCUGACAAGGCAGUCCACAUAUACAGCAGAUAUUAUUAUUUUUCCAUCGGAGACGAGUUCCUCCACCCACAAACACAAACUCGAUCAAAACACCAAGAUCAACCACCACUGAGCUAAAAGCUCUCAACUUUCUUUCAUUUUCAGUCACCCCUUAAAUUCUCUCCGCGUGUUUGUUUGUAUGUGCCUUGCAAACCAAGCAUCUGAUUUGGCGUGUGUUUCAUUCUAUCUCUAACCACUGUUACAAUCAAACCAAAUCAAAACCGCCAACAACCACCAUCCCAUCUUCUUCUUCUUUUCUUUGUCUGCGAGGUGUUUGUCAGAAUUCCACAGAGAGCGAGAAGAAAAGGUGGGUUUGUGAUGGCUGGAUCAGCUUCAGGAUCAGGGUCAGGGUCAGCGUCAGUGAGUGCUGAUACAUGGAAGGCUCAUUUAGCCAUGGCCAUGGUGCAGCUCUUAUAUGGUGGAUACCAUGUCAUCACAAAAGUGGCCCUCAAUGUUGGUGUCAACGAAUUAGUCUUCUGUGUGUUCAGGGAUCUCGUUGCCCUUUCUAUCCUUGCUCCUGUCGCUUAUUUCCAUGAAAAGCGUACACGGCCCCCAAUCACAAAGCGCCUAUUGCUGUCAUUCUUCUUUCUUGGAUUAACUGGGAUAUUUGGCAACCAGCUUUUGUUUCUUAUUGGUCUAAACUUGACCAAUCCAACAUAUGCAGCUGCCACUCAGCCAGCCAUUCCAGUCUUAACAUUUAUGUUUUCUGCAAUCAUGGGCACAGAGAAAGUGAACUUGCUAAGAUAUGAAGGUGUGGCAAAGGUUGGAGGAACUAUUAUCUGUGUCUCUGGAGCCAUAUCAAUGGUGUUGUAUCCCGGUCCAGUUGUUAUAGGAAAUCCUGAAACAGGAAUGGAGCAUGUAUCACAGAAUCCAUCUGGGUUGAAGGAUGUAGGAUUCGACCAAUUCCAACUUGGGGUUAUCUGCAUAAUAGGGAAUUGCAUGUGCAUGGCAGGUUAUCUAUCAAUUCAGGCAAAAUUGUUGAAAAAGUACCCCACAAACCUGUCCCUCACAGCAUAUUCCUACUUCUUUGGAACUGUAUUAAUGGUGAUACUAUCGAUUUUCAUGACAGACGGGAUAACUGACUGGACUUUGACACAGUCAGAAAUACUUGCUGUUCUUUAUGCUGGAAUUAUUGCAUCUGCUCUUGGUUAUGGACUCAUAACAUGGUCCAACAAGAUUUUGGGGCCAACUAUGGUUUCCUUAUAUAACUCCCUUCAACCUGCAUUCGCUACCCUGCUGUCCCUAAUUUUCCUUGGAAGUCCUGUUUACUUGGGAAGCAUCCUGGGAGGAACUUUUAUCAUUGUUGGCCUAUAUAUUGUUACUUGGGGAUCUUACAAAGAAAAGCAGGCAGAUGCUGCUGAAAAUCUUCCUUGUGAAUCUUGUGUUUCUGAGCCACUUAUUCAUGAAAAGACUGUGUGUUAAAAGGCUCAUUAUUUCAUAGUCCUCUAAUGCUUCCCUUAAAUUAUUAGCUUAGGAACUUAAUUAUAAAGUUUCAUUUCUGCUUAUAUGUUUCACAUCAUAUCUCUUACUCUAUAUUAUUCUUUACUUAAGAAUGAAAUUGAAUAGAAUAAACAUAUAUGUCUACUAUAUCUAUAAUGCUAUACAUACACAUUUUCUAUAUUUUUCUAUUUUUGUAGUUAUUGAUGGAAGUUAUUGAUAGAAUUGUCUAUUGGUAUUUUUGAUAAGGACACAACCUUGUAUGGACAUCCAAUGAAAGUUGGCGUGUAAUAAAUUAAAAAUGUUGAGUUUAGUAAACAAAUAAUAAUAUUUUGGUGACGACAAA